AUGACAGAGAAAAGAGCAUGGUUUCGUCAAACAUUCAAGAGUUAUUCUGUGCCUAUUGAUUUAGACAAAGAUAUAGAAGGUAGCAUUCGAAUUCAGUCUCGAUAUCUUGGCAAUGCACUUGUCAAGUCAAAUCCUUUUGAUUGCUUUCAAGCUCUGUUUUACGAAAUCACUGAAUCUGAACUAUCUGAGAUUAUUGAAGACGUAGAUGCCUCUAUAGCCUUACCACCUAAAAAAAGGAAAAGGCACAGAGUGAUUGAAUACAGUGUCAUAUUCUGUGUAAAGCAAGAUGAAGACGAUCGAACCAUAAUCAACACAAGAGAGUAUUAUCUCUUUCCUAGAGAAGCUAUUAUUGAGUCCCUUGUGGACACACCGCCUUUAGAGGCAUCUGUUUCAUUUCAUUUACCCAUCACUUGCUCUCAUCGUGUACGACAAAAGAGACGAUUCACCGAUCCCGGUUUACAACUUCCCUCAUUCUUCUCUGCACCAUCCACACUGGAUCCUAUUGUCAAUCUCUUAUUAUCAGGCAUCUCAAGUGGUCUGUUCAUGGCCCUUAAGCAACAUGUCUCUGACUUUGAAAGCGUGUAUGGAAAAAUGAUGGAGCUGAGAACGUUGCAUUGCCGUCAGACAUCAGUACAAAGACAAAGUCUUGCUUUAGAUGAAGAGAAUAUCAAAUUUACUAAAAUGGUGAUGCAUAUGGCAGAAGAAAAGAAAGAUGCAACGAAACAAUGUCUAUAUUGUGGUUCAACAUCCACUCCCAUGUGGCGCCGUGGACCCCAGGGCGCUGGUACGCUCUGCAACGCCUGUGGUGUCAAAUGGAAACAAGGCAAGAUCUUGUCUGAAAAGAAAAAACCCAAAGAGGACACAUUUUAUCGUCAUCAACGUAGACAUACGGCUGAUGAUCUAUCGUUUGGAUUGAGUCUGACAACAGCAGAAGCAGCUGCUGUAUUGACUUGUUUAAGAAAAAGUUGA